AUGUAUCUAAAGUUAGGGAGCAGAAAUACAAUUGUCGUUUCAUCACCAAAUAUUGCCAAACUAGUACUACAAAAACAUGAUCGAGUAUUUUCUUCUCGAACAGCUCCUGCAGCAACAGCAGCAUAUGAUCAUUUCAAAAAGUCUGUGGCAUGGUUGCCUGUGGCUAGCCAGUGGCGAAAUCUUCGAAAAAUUUGUAAAGAACAAAUGUUUUUGUCGCAUAGACUUGAUGCAAGCCAUGGUCUUCGCCAAGAAAAAUUGAAGAAAUUGUGUGACUAUGUGCAUGAUUGUUGUAGUAAUGAGCAAAUAGUUGAUAUUGGUAAUGCUGCAUUUAUAACAUCGCUAAAUCUCGUGUCAGCCACUCUUUUCUCAGUUGAUUUUGCUCAAUUUAAUUCUGAUUCUUCUCAAGAAACUAAAGAAAUUGUACGGGGUUUAAUGGAAGCUGGAGCGGUUCCUAAUCUUGCAGACUUCUUCCCAGUUCUUGAAUUCAUUGAUCCACAAGGUAUUAAGCGUGAAUUCAAGAGUUACACUAGCAAAGUAUUUGCAAUAUUUGAUGAUUUGAUCAAUCAACGGUUGAAAUCAAGAAGCGAGUCACUGGAUCAUCCAGUGAGAAACGAUUUACUAGAAGUCAUCCUGGAUAACAGUCAAACAAACGAAUCCGAAUUAACCUUGGAUGUUCUAAAGCAUUUACUUCUGAAGGAAGUGCCUCUCAAGGCUUUCCCAAUCAAAGUGUGA